CGAUGUGACGUAAUAAAUACGCGUCGCGCUCCUGCAUCUGUGUUUAAGAAAGAACAGUGUCCAAAUACACAGAAAGGUUCCUGCUGAAGAAAUUAAGAUCCAUGUGACACGCUAUUAUAAAGAUGGCAUUUGUUAAAGAGGAGAGUGAAGACAUGAAGAUUGAAGAAGCAUUCAGAGUCAAACAUGAAGAUACUGAGGAACAAACAGACCUGAUGGCGCUGAAAGAGGAGAGUCAAGAUCUGAAUGAAACGGAAGAGAAAGAUCUGCAUGAAAAACAUGAUUUCAUUACUGGAGAAAUGUCUUUUUGUUGUUCACAGACUGUAAAGACUUCCUCUCAAAAAGGAGCUCAGAACACCGGAACUCUGAGUCAUUUUACUUGCCAACAUUGUGGAAAGAGUUUAAAAAAAAGAGAAAACCUUAAAAUCCAUAUGAGAAUUCACACUGGAGAGAAGCCUUUUAACUGCCACCAGUGUGGAAAGGGCUUCCCACGAAAAGAUAAUCUUAGGAUUCACAUGAGAAUUCACACUGGAGAGAAGCCAUUUGUAUGUGGUCAAUGUGGAAAACGUUUCCCACAUAAAGCAACCUUUUAUACUCACAGGAGAAUUCACACUGGAGAGAAGCCUUACACCUGCAAACUGUGUGGAAAAACUGUGAAUCGAAAAGGAAAUCUUACGGCUCACAUGAGAGUUCACACUGGAGAGAAGCCUUUCGCGUGUGAUCAGUGUGGAAAAUGUUUCGUACGUAAGGAAGGCCUUAGUAAGCACAUGGAGAUUCACUCAAGUGAGAGCUGUUUUAUAUGCCCUCAGUGUGGAAGUACAUUCACAGACAGGAAACACUUUAAGAGCCACAUAAUAACUCACAUGGGACAGGAGCCGUUUAUGUGUCACCACUGUGGAAAGACUCUCACAAAAAAAGCAAACCUCAAGACUCACAUGAGAAUUCACACUGGAGAGAAGCCUUUCACAUGUGAACAAUGUGGAAAGAGUUUCAGACAGAAAACAACCCUUUAUACCCACAUGAGAGUUCACACCACAGAGAGGCCUAUUCGAGUAUGUAUAGUGUGAGUUUCCCAUAUCAAAUAGAUCUGAAGAGUUAUUUGCAAACUUAUUCUGGCAAGAAAUUGCAGUGUUCUGAAUGGGGUAAGAGGUUUAGAGAAAGGAGCACCUGUGCACUCAGGCUGGAGAAAGUAGGGUGCCUGUGGGUCCUUGAAAAGGCUGUAAUGGCAUUACAUUCACUUUCAACAACAAGUCCAUAAAAGUCCUAAAUAUUAUAAAUGAUAAGGGAAAAUAUUUGAAGCACAAACAGAGGAGAUGCUUGAAAAGGCAAACCUGUUUUUGAUUGGCUAGAGAUCAUGUCAUGGAAGUCAUAAUCUUCUAAUAUUAUGCGC